GCAUUCCUUUUUGAUUUUGAGUUCAAUCGCUGUGCUCUGUUUUCGGUUAACUCAAGAAGGAACAGAACAGACGCCCAAUUGAAUUGAUUCCCCAAAUUAUUUUUAUUUUUAAAAUUAAAAUUAUUUUCAAAGAUGGUUUCAAUGAUUCAGCCCGACCUACGGUCAGCGCUCCAGAUCGCAUCCGCUUUCGUCCAUCGCAAUCCCGGCCACCGUCCGUUGCUCCACCGCGGGGUAGCCGCUGUUCGGCGUCUGCCACCGCGGAGUUUGACCGUGAGGGUGAGAUCUUUCUCCUCCAACGAAAGCGAGAUUCCCGAUGCUGCCGCGGCCGUGGAGAAGGUGUGUAACAAGCCAUCGGUGUGCACCGCCGAUGAGCUCCAUUACGUCUCCGUCCCCAAUACCAACUGGAGGCUCGCUCUCUGGCGCUACUCUCCUCCUCCUCAGGCUCCUCCAAGGAAUCAUCCGCUGUUGCUGUUGUCUGGAGUGGGAACUAAUGCCAUUGGAUACGAUCUCUCUCCAGGGUCUUCAUUUGCACGUUACAUGUGUGGUCAAGGAUUUGACACAUGGAUUCUUGAAGUUCGAGGGGCUGGAUUGAGCAUGCAGAAACCAAAUUUAGAAGGAAUUGAGCAGUCUGCCCAAGAAUUAUCUGAUCAGAUGAAAGCUACUGCUCAGACUGCAACUGAUAAAGGUUUUCAUGCAGACCAACAUUCAAGCAAUAUCUCUAGUACGUUGGUAGAUGCUGAUAUAUCCCUUGUCAAAGAAGACCAGCUAAGGGGGAUGGCAACCGCAUGGGAUGAGUCCAUUGUAGUGACAAAGUUGACAGAAACUUUUAUGCGUCUAUCAGAAAGACUCUCUGGCUUUCUCAGUGAAGGCCAGUCACAAAUUAUGUCUGCCAGAUUUUUGGAUCAAAUAUCACGACUCAUGGAGGAUUCUUUUCUUUACGAACGUUUUAAUGAGAUAAGAGGAAAACUUUCAAGUUUGUUAGAAGUGAGGCAAAAUUCUGCUGUGGCUAGCCAAAUCAGGGAUCUGAGUGAAAAGCUUGUAAAUAUUAUUGAAGAAAAUCAACGUUCUGUUUCUCCUCAGCUGUUUAAUCUGCAGGAGCGUUUUUUCACAACAAUUGAUGAUUUCCAGAAGCAACUUGACUUGAUUGUGAAGUAUGAUUGGGACUUUGAUCAUUACUUGGAAGAGGACGUCCCUGCUGCGAUGGAGUAUAUAAAGGCCCAAACCAAACCAAGGGAUGGUAAAUUGCUGGCAGUUGGACACUCCAUGGGAGGUAUCUUGCUAUAUGCUCUGCUUUCGCAAUAUGGUUUUAAAGGAAGAGACCCUGGGUUGGCGGCUAUUGUUACUUUGGCAUCGUCACUAGACUAUACAUCUUCAAAAUCAUCGCUCAAACUUCUCCUUCCCCUUGCUGAUCCUGCACAGGCUCUCAAUGUUCCUGUUGUUCCUUUAGGGGCAUUACUGUCAGCAGCUUAUCCUCUUUCAUCUCAACCUCCUUAUGUCUUGUCUUGGCUUAAUAAUCUGAUAUCAGCAGAGGACAUGAUGCAUCCGGAGUUGUUGAGAAAGCUUGUCCUGAACAACUUUUGUACAAUCCCCGCAAAAUUACUCUUGCAGCUGACAACAGCAUUUCGGGAAGGUGGGCUCCGGAAUAGGAGUGGUAUGUUUUUCUACAAAGAUCAUCUUCAUAAAAGUAAAGUUCCCGUCUUAGCCCUUGCUGGAGAUGAGGACCUAAUAUGCCCUCCAGAAGCUGUCUAUGAAACCGUAAAGCUCUUUCCCGAGCCCUUGGUCACGUACAAAGUAUUUGGAGAAUCCGAGGGUCCACACUAUGCUCAUUAUGACUUGGUGGGAGGACGGCUGGCUGUAGAUCAAGUACAUCCAUGUAUAGUACAAUUUCUUAGCUCUUAUGACUGACACCCAAACAAAGAUUUGUUAACACCAAAAUUCAUUAGGGCUCCCGUGCCUAGUCUAGAGAAGGGAUGAGGUCACACGUGCGAAUUUCAUGCCUCUAGGAUCAAAUAUACUCAAAAGAUGAACAAGUAAUACAAGUGGGGGCUCAUGUUGUUUUUGUAUACGAAGCAAUCUGUCCAUGCCACUGUUUUUAAUCUUAUUAAUUUUAUUCUCUGCAAGGCACCGUAACUGUUGUUGUAGCUCAGAUUGUUGUAUUAUUUCAUUUCUGUUCCAUUGCCUCUU